AUGAUUGCUGAGAGGAUGAACAAGGUAUUCAGAGAAAACAUUGAAUUUCUGUUUGACCGAUUUGAAUCUCAGGAUCUAUGUGCUAUUGUGGAAUUGGAGAAGCUCUUGGACAUCUUGCAACUUGCUCAUGAAUUGCUAUCCAGAGAUCUUUCAAUAGAUUCAUUCAAUCUAAUGAUGGAUGAGAUGAAAGAGAGUAUAUCUCUUGUUUCUUAUUCUACUCGGCUUGCUUCCCAGAUUUGGACAGAGGUGCAAACUGAUUUCUUGCCAAACUUCAUCCUGUGUAAUACAACUCACCGUUUUGUCCGGUCGUCAAAAGUGUCCCUUGUUCCGGUUCAGAAGCCAUCAGUUCCCUAUGCCAAGCCAAACUUCUACUGUGGCAGUCAAGUCAAUCUUGGGGAAUUUGCACUUGUUAAAUUCCCAUUUCCAAGAACCGAUUCUGUCCGAUAUUUUGACCGAGUGGGAGCGAAUAAGAAAAAAUCUAAAUCAUGCUUCAACGGGGCGGCUUCGAAGAUAAUCAAUCUCUGGUAUCCAUCAAUUAUAGAGGCUACCAUCCUCCUUAAACCCAGCAAGGCAAAAGUUCCAGGUGCAUUUGAUCUUGGCUUCCCUAUUGAUCUGGCUAUGUGGCGUGGAUUUUGUAUUAACACUGCUGCUCCUUUAUAUUCUGAGGUGGAAUCCAUGUGGUCACUUGCUUCAGUAAAUUAG